AUGGCAAUUUUGCAUGACGAGGUGGAGAUGGAGGUCUCCCAGUAUGAUGAGGAGUUGGAGACAUAUUUCUACUUCUGCCCUUGUGGGGCUAACUUCUCCAUCACCAAAGAUCAGUUUAUAUGUGGAGAAACAAUCCCAGCACCUUCCACCAACAAAGAAUUAGUUAAAUGCUGA